AUGAGAAUGGAAGAAGAAAGAGAAGAUAAUGGAGGCGGGUGUAGGAGAGUUUUGAUAAAUCCUUCGGGCAACUCGGUAUCGUUCGCUUAUCCCUCCAGAUGGUUACCAGAAGACGGUCUAAUAGGCGGUGAUAAUCCAGAAGAAGCAUUACAACAACGUGUCGCAGCAAAUCGUCGUGAGCGACAACGAACUAAAGAAUUAAAUGAUGCAUUUGCUAUUUUACGACGAAUUGUUCCAUCGUUACCAUCUGAUAAAAUGAGUAAAAUUCAUACACUACGUAUUGCUACAGAUUAUAUUCGCUUUCUCGAUCAGAUGAAUGGUGAUGGUUGUCGAUUAUUUGGAUGUGAAAUGCAACUUUGUGAUGGUAAUUUGCAAACAACAUUUAAUAUGUGGAGAGGUGGAAUGGCUUCCUUACCGCAUUACUACUCAUGCGAUAAUACAUCAUCAAUGCAAACUUUUAUCAAGACAGAGGAGGAAAAUGGUUGGUUUAAUGAAAGUACUGAAUCAACUCCACCAGUAACCGGAACUACAGCAGGAGCAGUAAAUAUGACAACAGUAACAACAAAUGUGGAACAAAGAAAUUUGAUGUAA